GCUUUAGCCAACUUGAGCUGAGAGAGACUGAGAAAGGGAAGAGAGACACACACAAACAGAUACAAGGGCACCGGCUGGAGCCACUUGCAGGACUGAAGGUUCUUGCAACGAAACCCCUAGCAGCCUGAAGAACUAUAAGCCAGGUUUAAUUGGUUUCUUUUUCUCGUGGGUAGAGUUAAUAUUUUGCUACUUAUUCUGACAAAGAAAUAACCCCGAAGCACAUUCCUGAUUCCCACCUGCUUCUAGUUUCCUGGAUAACCUAAAACUCUAGAGAGCUAUAGCAUCCACUCUGUCCUUUCUGCUUUGCACACAGAUGGGGUGGCUGGACGGGAGCAGCUCUUGGCUCAGCAGAGAAUGCACAGUAUGAUCAGCUCAGUGGAUGUGAAGUCAGAGGUUCCAGUGGGUCUGGAGCCCAUUUCGCCUUUAGACUUAAGGACAGACCUCAGGAUGAUGAUGCCUGUGGUGGACCCUGUUGUCCGUGAAAAGCAACUGCAGCAGGAGUUACUUCUUAUCCAGCAGCAGCAACAAAUCCAGAAGCAACUCCUGAUAGCAGAGUUUCAGAAACAGCAUGAGAACUUGACCCGGCAACACCAGGCCCAGCUUCAGGAACACAUCAAGUUGCAACAGGAACUUCUAGCCAUAAAACAGCAACAAGAACUCCUAGAAAAGGAGCAGAAACUGGAGCAGCAGAGGCAAGAACAGGAAGUAGAGAGGCAUCGCAGAGAACAGCAGCUUCCUCCUCUCAGAGGCAAAGAUAGAGGACGAGAAAGGGCAGUGGCAAGUACAGAAGUAAAGCAGAAGCUUCAAGAAUUCCUGUUGAGUAAAUCAGCAACGAAAGACACUCCAACUAAUGGAAAAAAUCAUUCCGUGAGCCGCCAUCCCAAGCUCUGGUACACGGCUGCCCACCACACAUCAUUGGAUCAAAGCUCUCCGCCCCUAAGUGGAACAUCUCCAUCCUACAAAUACACAUUACCAGGAGCACAAGAUACCAAGGACGAUUUUCCCCUUCGAAAAACUGAAUCCUCAGUCAGUAGCAGUUCUCCAGGGUCUGGUCCCAGUUCACCCAACAAUGGGCCAACUGGAAGUGUUACUGAAAAUGAGACUUCGGUUUUGCCCCCUACUCCUCAUGCAGAGCAGCUGGUUUCACAGCAACGCAUUCUAAUUCAUGACGAUUCCAUGAACCUGCUAAGUCUUUAUACCUCUCCUUCUUUGCCCAAUAUCACCUUGGGACUUCCAGCAGGGCCAUCCCAGCUCAAYGCUUCGAAUUCGCUCAAAGAAAAGCAGAAGUGUGAGACACAGACGCUCAGGCAAGGUGUUCCUYUGCCUGGGCAGUAUGGGGGCAGCGUCCCGGCAUCUUCAAGCCAUCCUCACGUGGCUUUAGAGGGGAAGCCCAACAGCAGCCACCAGGCUCUCCUGCAGCAUUUAUUAUUGAAAGAACAAAUGCGGCAACAAAAGCUUCUUGUGACUGGUGGAGUUCCCUUACAUCCUCAGUCUCCCUUGGCAACGAAAGAGAGAAUUUCACCUGGUAUUAGAGGUACCCACAAACUACCCCGUCACAGACCCCUGAAUCGAACCCAGUCGGCACCUUUGCCUCAGAGCACAUUGGCUCAGCUGGUCAUUCAGCAGCAACACCAGCAAUUCCUGGAGAAGCAGAAACAAUACCAGCAGCAGAUCCACAUGAACAAACUGCUUUCGAAAUCUAUUGAACAACUGAAGCAACCAGGCAGUCACCUGGAGGAAGCUGAGGAAGAGCUUCAGGGGGACCAGGCCAUGCAGGAAGACAGAGCGCCCUCUAGUGACAACAGCAGUAGGAGCGACAGCAGUGCUUGUGUGGAUGACACACUGGGACAAGUUGGGGCUGUGAAGGUCAAGGAAGAGCCAGUGGACAGUGAUGAAGAUGCUCAGAUCCAGGAAAUGGAAUCUGGGGAGCAGGCUGCUUUUAUGCAACAGCCCUUCCCGGAGCCCCCGCACACACGUGCACUCUCGGCGCGCCAGGCUCAGCUGGCUGUGGUUGGCAUGGAUGGAUUAGAGAAACAUCGCCUUCUCUCCAGGACUCAUUCUUCCCCUGCUGCCUCCAUUUUACCACACCCUGCAACGGACCGCCCCCUCCAGCCUGGCUCUGCAACUGGAAUUGCCUAUGACUCUCUGAUGCUGAAACACCAGUGUGUUUGUGGCAGUUCCACCACCCACCCUGAGCAUGCUGGACGAAUACAGAGCAUCUGGUCACGGCUGCAAGAAACUGGGCUGCUAAAUAAAUGUGAGCGGAUUCAAGGUCGAAAAGCCAGCUUGGAGGAAAUACAGCUUGUUCAUUCUGAACAUCACUCACUGUUGUAUGGCACCGGCCCCCUGGAUGGACAGAAGCUGGACCCCAGGAUACUCCUAGGUGAUGACUCUCAAAAGUUUUUUUCCUCCUUACCUUGUGGUGGACUUGGGGUGGACAGUGACACCAUUUGGAACGAGCUGCACUCGUCCGGUGCUGCACGCAUGGCUGUUGGCUGUGUCAUCGAGCUGGCUUCCAGAGUGGCCUCAGGAGAGCUGAAGAAUGGGUUUGCUGUUGUGAGGCCCCCAGGCCAUCACGCUGAAGAAUCCGCAGCCAUGGGGUUCUGCUUUUUUAAUUCAGUUGCAAUUACCGCCAAAUACUUGAGAGACCAACUAAAUAUAAGCAAGAUAUUGAUUGUAGAUCUGGAUGUUCACCAUGGAAACGGUACACAGCAGGCCUUUUAUGCUGACCCCAGCAUCCUGUACAUUUCACUCCAUCGCUAUGAUGAAGGGAACUUUUUCCCUGGCAGUGGAGCCCCAAAUGAGGUUGGGACAGGCCUUGGAGAAGGCUACAAUAUAAAUAUUGCCUGGACAGGUGGCCUUGAUCCCCCCAUGGGAGAUGUGGAGUACCUUGAGGCAUUCAGGACUGUCCUGAUGCCUGUGGCCAAAGAGUUUGAUCCAGACAUGGUCCUGGUUUCYGCUGGAUUUGAUGCAUUAGAAGGCCACACCCCUCCUCUGGGGGGGUACAAGGUGACAGCAAAGUGCUUUGGUCAUUUGACGGAGCAACUGAUGACAUUGGCUGAUGGACGUGUGGUGUUGGCUCUGGAAGGAGGACACGAUCUCACGGCCAUCUGUGAUGCGUCGGAAGCCUGUGUAAAUGCCCUUCUAGGAAAUGAGCUGGAGCCACUUGCUGAAGAUAUUCUCCAUCAAACCCCAAACAUGAAUGCUGUUACUUCUUUACAGAAGAUCAUUGAGAUUCAAAGCAAGUACUGGAAGUCUGUAAGGAUGAUGGCUGUGCCAAGGGGUUGUGCUCUGCCUGGCGCUCAGUUGCAAGAAGAGACAGAGACCGUUUCUGCUCUGGCCUCCCUGACGGUGGAUGUGGAACAGCCCUUUGCUCAGGAAGACAGCAGAACUGCUGGUGAGCCCAUGGAAGAGGAGCCAGCCUUGUGAAGUGCCAAGUCUCCCCCAAUAUUUCCUGUGUGUGACAUCAUUGUGUAUGCCCCCACCCCAGCACCCUCAGACAUGUCUUGUCUGCUGCCUGGGUGGCACAGAUUCGAUAGAACAUAAACACUGGGCACAAAAUUCUGAACAGCAGCUUCACUUGUUCUUUGGAUGGACUUGAAAGGGCAUUAAAGAUUCCUGAAACGUAACUGCUGUGAUUCUAAAGUUACAGUAAACCACGAUUGGAAGAAACUGCUUCCAGCGCGCUUUUAUUACGCUGGGUGACCCACUCCCAGACAAAAGUAUGAACUAGAAACAUCCAUUACCAUAUUAGAUAUUGUUAAUUUCAGAAGCUGUAACAGCCAGUGAAAUUUAGGGCAAAAACCUGAAACAUACUCAUUCCUAACAUUCUGAUCAGUUUUUUUAUUGGGUAAAUUUUGUCAGUCUUAAAUUGUUUCCAGGAUUUGCUUUCAGCCUUGAACGGGUAGCAAUUCCAGACAGAUCGCCGUGGUUCUUUUUUUUUUUUUUUUUUUUAGUUUUGUUUUUGUGUUUUGCCUUCAUUUUAACACAUGGUUCAACUCUUCCUAGCAAGAGUUCAAGAUGGAGGACCUGGGGGUGAGGCUUUUCUCAGUGGAAUCAACCACCAACCACGCUGUAUCUCAAAGUCCACAUGCCAAAGGAAACCCACAUAUGUAUGUAAUGGUGCAAUAUUUUAUGUCUUUUUUUUUUUUUUUUUUUGAGGAAAAUUACCCUACUUCCCUAGCAUCCCUCUCCUGGUUCUCAGGCAGGGACGAUUUGCAAUUUUGUAGAGGAUGAGGUCUCCCUCCCCGCAUACCUUCCUUGUCUUGAUGACAGUGGUUCUAAAGGUAUGUUCCCUUGAAGAUUUGCAGUCUUUGAAAAAAAGCACAUGACUUUUCAAAGAUGGUCUUAAUUUGUUCCAAAGCUAUCAAGAAUUUAUUCUCUCACCUUUCCUUUUCUGCCCUCCAUUGCUUCAUCUUUCCCCCCCCCCAACCUUUUAUCCUUCCUUCUUUUAGAAAUACUGGCAAUUACUCAUAAUCUCCCCUAUUCCUCAGGGGCUUUGAGUUUUUCCAUUUAUUUUGUUUACUUUUCAGAUUAACACCGUUGCAUUAUCUGAUUGUGUUCUUUUAGCUUUGAGACUAUUGAAGCAAGAUGGCUUAAACAAUGUCACUGAAUGUUCUAGAUUUGGAAAUGUGUUAAUGAAGGCACUGUUAAUGAAGGAACUGAGUUAACCUAGAAACUGUGCCUUCGUGUGAAAACAAACACAAAAUUUAACCUUUGCACACGUUGCCUUAGUUGCAAAGGUUUAAAACAAAGGACAUUUAUUUCUGAGAUUCAAAGAAAUUUACUAAAUAUAAAUAAGCAGGUUAUCCCUACCUCUGAAAAUUCUAUUUCAAUGUGUAAUUCAAACACCUAAGGACACCAAGGUAGAAUACCUUGCAUAUUUAAUACCUGACAAUACUUUCAAAAGAGUUGAUGUUUCUUUUUACAUAUUUUCCUAACUCAACGGAUAUAUUAAAGCCAUAAGUGAAGAUUGUCAUGCUUUUAUUCAGAAAUCUGAAAGAAACCUUAAUUAAAACAAGGUUUUAGGAAAGGCCAUGAUAUGAAAGAUAUGGAACAAUAUGGUUUUAGUUAGAGAGGACUCUAACCUGUAAAUCAAAGAUGAAAGAUUUCACUCAAGUAGAAUUAUAUAACUCUCUUUUGUUAUACAGUCCGACCAUAUUUUCAUGCAUUUGGUUUUUUUAGGAUUACCAUUUUAAUUUUAAAGAYUUUUAUUACAUAUACAAAAAUGGCUCAAUACUUGGUUUAACAUCUUAGAAAUUUGAGCUACCCUUUGAAAUAGGAAAUCUGAAAUGGAAUGUAACUUAGUAUUAGGUAGAAAUGACUUUCAUUGCAUAAGAGUUAGGUCAAUCAACUCAUAAGAGCAAUGAAUUUCUUGUAAAUUUCAUUUUCUUGAUAUUUUCAGAGAAAUUUAUCCCAAUUAUAUUUGCUAGUUCUUAUUAAUGUGUAGUAAUUUCUUGAAGAAAUUUACUUAAAGAAAACCAAACAGGGAAGCCAAAGGCUUAAAAAAGAAACCUUUUCCCUUAAAAAAGAAAACAAACAAACAAAACCACCAUUUAUAUCACAUUUUAAUUAGAAACAUAAUUGUGAAGUUUUAAAAGCAACUUUGUAAUUAUAAAUCCCCCGUGAUUACCUUUCAGUUCUCCCAAAUAUUUUUUUUUAAGAUGUUGGAAUAGAAAUUCAAACAGUGUAGCACAUUCAUACUAAUUUACUGAUGUUUCUUUCCUCCAACAAGAUAGCCACGUUCUUCUGCUGAGCCACCAAUUUGAUAAAGACAACUCACUAGGACAUGGCCAUGGUCGUUGAGAUUUAAAAUGACACAUUGAGUUAAUCACACAUCCUUCCAGGUGACACUGUGCCCAGUUGGAUGCAGUUAGAAUCAUUAGGAUACCGGGAUAAACUGUGGAGAAGAUUAAUCACAGCUGAAUGCAGUUGUAAGAACAGAGCACCAGUGCUUUUUGAUUAUACUAUUACAAGAUGGACCGUAGCCCUGAGGGACAGAAUGGAGCCUUUUGAGAAUAUCAACCUUUUUGUUUGAAAUAAAGCAGCAGUUUUUGAACAGGCACUUCACUUGCUCUAGUUUUCUUCACUUACCCAUUUAAUUUUUAUA